AUGGGUCUUUGCAUGUCAUUCCCACGUCGCCGACAUCCCAUGGGCAUGGGAAUGGGUAUGGGUGGGUUCGGCCCGCCUCCUCGCAGACAUCACUACGGAGGUGGAAUGGGAAUGGGUGGUAUGAAUGGAAUGGGAGGUUGCGGGCCCCCUCCACGUCGACACUACGGCGGGGGGGGGGACAAGGAGGCUGGGGAGGGCCUCCAGGUGGUGGUUAUGGCGGUUAUGGUGGUUAUGGUGGUUAUGGUGGUGGCAGGAGACCCGGGGGAGGAUUUGGUGGAGGCAGAGGACGAAGAUGCUAAAGUGAACGACGAUUAUAGAGAAUCAUGGUCGCAAUUUUCGAAAAUGAGCUCUUUCAUAUAUCUUUUCCAACCUUUCCACGGUCGGGUCCAGCUGUGUGGGGUAGCUCAUCCUUAUGAGGACCCUAACCAGGGCUUGGAAUGCGGGAUGUGUCGGGGCGAGUAA